AUGUAUAGAAACACUAACUCACAACCACGCACGUAUCCCCAAUACACGAAAACACAGGCCGAGCAGGAAGUAGCCACCCAGAAGGGACAGAUAUCUAAACUGGAGCACACACGCACCACGCUGGAAGCAAACGUACGCCAGUUGACAGUUCAACACGAGGCUAUGCAACGCGAACGAGAUACACACAGCACCUCUGAGUACCGCAUGAAAGAACUGUUUGAUUCCAUGCAGAUGACCCUUAACGACCACCAGCAUGCCAGACAGGUGGAUAUCACGCGCAUGGUACGUAUCCGUGUGGUGGAUGUGUUCAUAUGA